UGUAACAACUAGACUGGGUUAACGGAAUACCUAGUUUAGAGUAUUUAGACUCUAGACUUGUGAAUCUCGUAAAAACAAUAAAGACUAAAGUUUAAUUGGAUCUAGAUCUAAGUCUAUUUGAGAUCAAGAAUAGAUUCGCUGUGUUUUGAUCAGCGGAUUGCUGAAUAUCAAGCCUCUCUUAUUAAUGUCAUCACCUGAUAGUCCUCUACUACCUGUUUUGUCCCCUAUAGCCAUCAGUGAAAUGACAACAAGAAGUGGGAAAGUAUUCAAUGACGGCAAGGCUGAUAUCAAUAUGAAUUCACCUGGAAAGAAUGGCAGGGCUGAAAAAUCAGACAGAAUAUUUUAUAUAGUGUUUGCCUCCCUUGUUUUGGAUCUUUUGGCAUUCACAGUUAUCCUCCCCUUACUGCCAGGAUUGUUGGACCAUUAUAGUCAAAAUGAUUCAUCAGGAUUGUACAAUGUUUUAAAAAAUAGUGUUUCUGGCUUCCGCUCUCUUGUUGGUGCCCCUGACAAUGCCAGGUGGAAUUCUGUUUUAUUUGGAGGUGUAAUCGGUUCAUUGUUUUCCUUGCUCCAGUUUUUAACGUCACCAAUAAUUGGGGCUGCUUCUGAUGUCUAUGGAAGAAGGCCAUUGAUGAUUUUAUGCAUGAUUGGAAUAGCCACUUCCUAUCUGAUAUGGGCAGUGUCCAACAGUUUUCUUACUUUUGUUAUUGCAAGAAUUGUGGGAGGAAUCAGCAAAGGUAAUGUCAGUCUCAGCACUGCCAUCGUAACAGAUGUAUCUUCCCCACAAAAACGUGGAAAAGGCAUGGCCUUAAUUGGUGUGGCUUUUUCUAUCGGCUUUGUGUUUGGACCCAGCAUUGGCGCUGGUAUUUCCAUUUUAACUAAAGCAGAUGAUGCCGCUGUUGCCUACAUGAUACCUGCAUUAUUCUCCUUGACCUUGGCUCUCGCUGACCUUAUUUUCAUCUAUGUCUUCUUAGAGGAAACAUUACCCACAAAUAAAAGACUGCAAUCUAAAAAUGUUUUGAGCCAUGCCAUAGAGUACAUCAAUCCAGUUUCACUUUUUAAGUUUUCAUCUGUGAAAAAGUUGUCUGCUACAGAAUCCAGUAAAGUCCAGAGUCUAGGUGCUAUUUACUUUAUUUAUCUCUUCAUCUAUUCUGGUCUGGAGUUUACUCUCCCCUUUCUCAUGCAUGAUCGCUUCAGUUAUACCAGUGUUCAACAAGGCAGGAUGUUUUUUUUUCUUGGAUUUGUCAUGGCUUUGGUGCAAGGUGGAUAUACCCGUAGAAUCUCACCUGGCAAGGAAUCUAAAAUAGCAUCUCAUGGUAUAUUGAUAUUGAUGCCAUCAUUUGUCAUGAUGGCUUACGCUUCAUCGACUUGGUUUAUGUACUUAGCUCUGACAUUAUUUUCAUUUGCCUCGGCCACCGUUGUCCCAUGUUUGACCACACUCGUCUCUACUUACGGGGGAGACAAUGAAAAGGGCACCAUCAUGGGCAUCUUUAGGUCUCUGGGGGCUUUAGCCAGAGCUUUUGGACCAUUCUGGGCUUCUGCUGUCUAUUGGAGUUUUGGUCCAAAUGCCUGCUAUAUUCAAGGGGCUUUGAUCCUUCUUCUGCCCAUGUACCAGAUUUAUAAGCAAGUGAAGGCCGAAACUAAAAGAUCUACAUUUAUGUGAAUGUGUUGCCUGUAUGGCACAUUGAAUAAUGUUGUUGGGUGAAUGAACUCUUGUUAUCAUCUAUGCAAACUGUUACUAUCUACUUGUUGAAUUGAUUCAUUCAUUAUAUUUGUAUAACUUCCCAUGUAUGUAGAUAUUUUCUCCAAUUAUUUUAUGCAAUUAUGUCAAACCAAAACUAAUUAUUUUUAGACAUUUUUUUUUCUGGUAAUCAAAAAAAAUAUUUUAUUUUGUUUUGAAGUACACUAGUCAUUGAUCUUUUUUUUUUUUUAACUUUACAGGAUAAAUGAUUUUCUUGUAUCUUUUCAGAAUAUCUUCUUUGAUUUGUUGUUAUUGUCUAAUGCAUGUUGAAACCACAAUAUAUACCCUUUAUUUUUCUCUGACAUUUAUACACAUUUUGUUUUUCUCGAAGUUUACAAAAAUGUUUUUUCUUUACAAUUGUUUCUCAAAUACUUUGUUUCAGCCAUUGAAUAUUUUGUUUUUGAUUCAUGUAAUGUUGUUUUAGAACAUUUUUCUGUGAUGAUGUCAGCCUUGAGUUUGAUGAGGUGAUAGCUUAGAGUUUCAUGACUAAUUCUUCCAAUGUGAUGCUUGGAAAUUUUUUUUUUUUUUUUGAGUUCUAAGUACAGUAAAGCAGCGGCUAAGUUGUUGUGUCAUAAAGUCCUUUUUUUUUCUCUCUUGUUUUAUAAUGGAGCAUCUAUUUACGAAGAACACUCUGGACUUUAGUGCCAGUCUGCUGUGUUUUAACAAGAACACUCAGGACUUUAUGCCAGUCUGUUGUGUUUCAAAGUUUCAAUAAUGUACAGUAAUUCUAGGUGCCUUUUAUGUCUUAGUUCAUUAUAGAGUCAAUUUUGUGGGAUUAUUGCAAGUUUUAUAAGUAUUUAGAAUGUCUUCUAAAUUGUCUGUAUUAAUCCAAUCAUGUCUGGGUUAGUGAUUGGUAGUUUUUCUGUUUAACAAAAUCUGUCAUUCUAUAAAAUAAGCGCCUAGCCUUUCAAGGUUUUUAUUAAAUUCAUAUUCUUCUGUAAGUUUUGGUAGAAGUAGACGUAAGACACCCUGCAAAUCUCACUUCUCUGAAUAAUAAACUGACUUGCUUUCCCUGAAUGUGCUGUUUAACCUCAGAGUUUGUUUUUUUUUCCAGAUCUAGUAAGUCAGUACUAUGAAGCAUCUUUAAUUAUUGGUAAGCAUUGUGCUUAUUUUGUAUAGCGGACUGUUCUUUCUCGUGAUACAGAAGUAUCUACUAUAGCUGUGCAGAAGACUUGAAAUUUAAUCAAGUGAGUUUUAUAAGUUCUCUAGAAUGUUCUUUCUGACUGCAUCUACCCUUUCUUUGAUGAGCCAUCUUGGUAUUCAGUGUUCUUAAAUUUACCAGUGAGAUAUUAUGAGAUUCUCAACAUAUCCAACUCUAUGGGUAGUGUACACAGACUAGAAGGUCACCACCUCUCAAACAGAAAGAUGACACAUUCGAAUACAACCAGAAAUGUAGGUAUUUAGAACUCAAAUUGUCUUCAAACUUUGAGCUGAAGCAUUACUAAACUCUUUGCACAAAAGUUGACAGGGUCCUUCAAUAAACUUGUCCUUGCACCAGACAGUUUCUAUUUGAAUCACGUUGAUGGUUUUAAAAGAUUACAGAGUGUUGACAUUAACAUGGAGUAGCAAAGUGUUGUUCUGUAUGUCAAGUGUGAAGCUACACACAAUAGUAUAGAAAUGACUUUAAUGCAUGCAAUACAGGACGAUAUUCUAUACGAAACACAAUGUGACAUCUGUUCUUUUUUUAUUUUUAAUUGUGCAAGUGCUUUUCGAUGUUGCAAAAAAAGUUUUUAGGGAUCAAUUUUUUUUUCGCUUUGUUUGACAUGAUUAUUUGCUGAUAUCGAACAGUGUAGAAAGAAGUCGGGUUUAGGUAAUUUAGUGGAGUGUUUUAUAGAGUUGAAAUUAGGUUCUUUAUUAAAGUUAACUUGCACAUCAUUUAGUACAGCUGCUUUGUUUACCAACAAUUAUUUUCUUAUAAAAUGUUGUUUUUUUUUUAAAACAACAACAUUCAUUUAGAAAUACAUUGUUAAUUGUGCAUGAAAUAGAUGAAAGAUAAUAGAAAUGACUUGGAGACAUUUAAUACUUAAUAUCUUGACAUAUCUACAUUGUUACAAAUGGAUGCUUUGUGAUAGAGUUGUCUUUUUGAAUGACAAGUUAGGUGACUCAGCA